GCGGCCGUUGGCGGCCUUUUGUGUUGGUGAUCUGCGCUCCUUUCUUUCUGCUCUUUCUGGAACGAAGUGUGUAACCUGUAUGGCUGAGCCUACGUUCUGCCAGUGAACUGUGUGAGUGAAAGCAGGGGUUAGUUCGGAAAGGGUAUGUGAAAAAGGCAUUAUUUGGUUUUCUAUAUAAUGGUUACCUAGAGUUUUUAUGGGAAUGGAAGUUAAGCUAGAUGUUCUCGUAUCUACGUCUAUCAAACGAAGAAAACCAUGGACUCGCAUCACCUGGAUUGGACAGGAAAAAGAGGCUGUUUUUCUUCUUGAUGAUAAACAUAUAAAUGAAAUUAAUCUUGCAUCAGGGAAGACAAAGAAGAAAAUUCCUCAGCUGCAAUCAUUGUUAAAAAAUGUAGUUGUCUUAACAACAUCAAUAAAUGGCGCUUGGCUGGCAGGUUUACUUAUAACAGGAGAACUAUUUCUUUGGAAUAAAGACAAGGACUGCAUAAAAAUAAUACCAGCAAUUGAAGAGUCUAGGAAUGUAGCUGCAGCAGCACAAGUUUUCAUGAAAGAUGUAUUUCAAGAAAGACCACUUCAGGAAGUAGCUCCAAUGGUUGCGUCUUGUGGGGAAGAUAACUCAGAAUCCAUAAGAAUGGGCAUCUGCUAUGACAUUACUGCUGCCAAAGAGUGUUUGACAAGAUUGUAUUUGUAUGUGUCUGGAGAUGGCAGAAAGAUGCUACUAACUACACCUACAGCAUGUAUCUUUUUGUGGGAGAGCACAGAAAAUGAGAAUACACUCUCUUAUAAAAAUUCUUCUGGGCGGUGGAUACAAAUUUUGCCUAAUGAAUCAGUCACGUUACCUUCUACUGAAGAAAAAGAAAUUGGAGUUCAUGCUGCUUUCGUACAAAAUGAGAUACUGGGUGAUUGCUGUUUGUGCUCAUUUGUCUUUUACUCUGGCGAGUGUUUGGUUUUAACAUUUUUGAUUCUUCGCUGGCAUGAAAAUGGCUUUAAAUAUGCCAGUUCUUUGCCAUACCAGAUCCACUGGGUACAGCAGACUUGUUCUCUUGUUAAUUUAGUGCCUCAGUGUGUAUCUAUAAAGUCAAGAGGAGCUUUGCUAUCUGCAUUUGCAAGAGAUGGCCUCUUACUUGCAGUAUCUGUUAACCAAAUAGAUCCAAAGGCAACUCAAAUUUUGUUUCUAAACACCCUGAAUUUUUUAACUGUUUCGGGAAGUGUUAAAGGUUGCAGUAGCAAGAAUAGCACUGUCCCAUCCAAGUUUAUCAGGUCUUACUGGGUCGGUGACAUGAGUUGGACUCCUGAUAGCCUUUUCUUGGCUUGCAUGUUAAAGCGUGGGUCUUUGAUUUUAUUGACUGGUAUGGGUGAAUUGCUGACCUUGAUUACUUCUGGCUGCUCUGUAGAAUUUGGACCGGCGGAGUUUAUUCCAGUCCAUCCACUAAUAACAUACAGACAGCACAACUCUUUGUGUCAAGACUCUAAUCAGACGCUUGGCUCUUCAGCUUCUGAAAGUGAUCUUAUGAGACAGAGAUUUUCUGUUGCUUCUCACUCAAGAUUACCCUACCUCAUUGUCUCUGAUGGAUUCAUGAUAACAGUGCUAAGAUUUCAUAACAAUGUUUCACCAGUGGGAUUUUUAAGAUCCCUUUUACUUGAUUCAGCGCAGCGGCUCGAAAAUAUCCGUAGGAAUUUGGUGAACUCCAAGCAUAAAGGGAGACAUCUGUGUAUACAAUCUCUGUUGUCUUUAAAGGACAGCCUUCUAAAACACUCACAAAACCAUACCUCCGUCUUUUUCAAUGUUCCAAAGUUUCUGGAAGAGGACACAACAGAAGUGAAUGAGAAAACCACAGACUUACCGGAUUAUGAAGAUGAAUCUGAUGAUGAAAAGCUGUUUUACAGUAGCUCUUCUAGCCUCGUUAGCCAAAGAAUCCUUUCUUUUGUUGGUAAAGCUGAUCAAGGCCACAUAGAGUUUGCAUCAAUGUUUGAUACUAUUCAUGCAAAAGACAAUACUGAAGAGAAAGACAAGUUACCAGUGGAACUGAAUUCCAUUCAGAGAAAUCUUCUUACUGCAUGGCAGAUAGGGUUUUCAAAAAAUAUUGAAGAAAGAGAGACUUUUCUGAAUUACACAGUAAACUGCAUUACCCAUUUUUUCAACAUUCUUCAGUUUGUAGAAUGUUCUUUGCUAAACCAGGAUGCAUUUAUAAACAAGUCUGUGAGGAAUUCUCACUGGAUUCGUUAUGUUUUAAAAUAUUUUCAGCUGUGUUUAAAUGUCUUGCACUGGCAUUCAAGAGCCAGUAUGACUGGGCAUGUGGCAAAGCUGACAUUACAAACCUUGAAACUGAUGCUUAUUCAGAAACAAGAUCAGUUGUUCUCAAAAAAUCUUCUGGCAUGCUUCUGUCUUUUGAAGAUGGUUUCUCACACUCUAAGUAGCAUGUGCAUACCGCAGUAUGAGAAGUUGUUUGCAUCUCCUGGUGUUAAUAGUGUUGUGGAGCUUGAUUCAUUCAUUGUGCCUAUUUUCCUAUUGCUGGAUGAGAGUGCAACUCAGGAAUUCAGCUCAGUGAAAUCUCUGCUUAGAGAGCCUCCACAAGGACUAGUCUGUGAUGAAAAAACAGAAAAAAGGUUGAUUGUCCUAUGGCGGUUGUUGUAUAAAAGAGUGGUUUGUUACUGGAUCCAACUGAACAGGAAAGUGUACAAGAAUACAGAAGAAGAGACUGUUGUCUCAUUGCUUUUAAGUCAUAUACAAGCAGCUCUCCAGUCUUCAGGAGUGAUAUUAGAGCAACAUUUCAAGAUUAAUUCUAUAGCUGGUGAGGAGAAAUUCCUGUUAGGUUCAUACAGAGAAUCUGUGGAUGUUUGGAAAAGAUGUCUUUGUGAAAUCAAGGCAAAGGGUGGAAAAAGAGCAUGUUUUCUUCAGAGUAGAUAUUACCUUGCUAUAUUAUUUUGCCACCUAUAUCAUUAUAACUUGUGUGAGGCCCAAGGACUCUGUGAUCAUCUGGUAGGAGAGAUUCUAAGGCGAUCACAGCUCUCACUGAGUCAGAUGGAAAAUUUUUCUGACACUAAGUAUUCUCAGCAUGAACUGUGGAUGAUAACAAAGGUUCAUACCGAAACUGCUAUGGCUGUGAUUCGAUCCAUGGCUCGAUUCAUGGCUGCUUAUUUCACAAAUCAGCUGCUCUAUAUCUAUCCCCCACACAAUGUUGAUAUCCUGCAUCCACUUCACAUCAAACCAGAUGUAUCUCCUCGUAUUAUUCCACUGCAACACCAUCUGGUUACGAGAGCUGUCAGAGACCAGAACCUUUCAUCUGUGUGGACAGUAGAAUAUGCUCUUGACUUGUUCUUUGUUGGAGGACUCAUUCCAGAGGCUGUGUGGUUAACACACAGACUUGGUGACUGGAAACUCUCAGUUUCAAUUGGUGUGGCCUACACUCUGUAUUGUCAGAACUCUGAUGAAUUCGCAAGAGCACAUCUGAAAAAAAAAAGAGAGCAUCAUCUGCCAUUAACCUUAUCACCAAUGCAGACUUUUCUGGAAAAACUACAGUCUUUGCUAGGGCAACCAGCUACUUCUGAAACAACAACUGAAGAAUAUAUUAAAUACAAACAGUUUACAGAUCCAAUUGAAGAGGAAGAUGCAGAUGUCCUUUACAGUUCAGUACAGGAACUACUGAAAGCUGCUGUUAUGACAGAUUCUGAUAUUCUCUCAGAGACAUUUCAGCUUUUGAUAGAUUCUGCAAAGGAUCUUAGUAGAAAAUUUUGUGGUUUAAUUCCAGAUGGGCUUUAUCUACCAGCACCACCAUUGUACUGUCCUCAGCCAGCUUCUCUCAGUGAAGUGAGUGAAGACUGCAAUGACAUUAUUUUAAAAACUGAGAGAGAAAAUCGCCAGAAAGUAUCAGGAGUUCUUCAACGAAUUAUCUUGCUCUUCCGGGCUGCUUGUUGCUCCUAUCCUGCAGCGCAGUGGUAUAUUUCACAGCUUAAGUGGGGAAGAAAAAUUAUGCAAAAAAUUCGAAUGAAAGGAUCUCUUCCUUUACUGAGCCCAUUCCCAGAGACUUUGCUUCAUUACUGCAAUUUCCGUACUGCUUUCUGUUCAUCUACAUCUUCUGGAGACCAUCAACUUGAUGAUAUUUCCUGUAAAAUUUUAGGUUGGUUCAGAGAGCUGUGUGCAUUGUGUUGGAUGUUUCAUGUUCGUGAAAGAUUAUCUGACAGCUGUAGGCGGUACCAAGCUGCAAGGGAAAAUGCAAACAGCCAUAAGGAUCUUAAGAAGAAUGAAUAUGGUACCUCCACAGUUGAGCACUGUCUGAAUGCAGCGGAAUGGGCUUGCAGAAUGCUUCCUUUCUGCAGGUUCAUGAAUGUUGAAGAAUUAAUUCAAGAUGUAAUUCUGAGCCUGCUUGGAGAACUGCCGCCAAUCAAAAAGGUGGCAGAAAUUUUUGUUAAAGCUUUUCCUAAUCCUGAAGAUGUACGGGUUCCACUAAGAGAUAAAUAUCAUGGUCUUCAGCAGCGACUCAGACACUGUACUGUUCAAGGUCCUGAAAGUGAAGAAAUGAUGUCUGUUGUCAUACAGGCUAUGGAAAAAGCUAGAAUGAAGAACUUGAGACUUGUAAUAAGGAAUAUAGGCCCUAUAGAAAUUAAUGUCUGGGAGCCAGCAGAAGAAGGAGCAGAUUAUCAAGAACACUAUUAUGACAGCGUGUCACUAGGCACUAGUAUAAGCAGAAGCACACUUACUGAUCUUGGCAAUCCUCAAUUGCAUAGUGAUGCUGAAACAGUAGAUACACUUUCUGAUGCUUUGUUUGUUGAAGAAACAAGAGUUCAAACACCUUUAUCUGAAAGGGAAAAUGAAUAUCAGAGACAAGGAGAAAUAGGUAGAAAAAAUGCUACCUGCAAGACAAAAGCUUCUACCUGGAAAACAAAACAUACGGAAAAAGCAUAUAGGAAGGACACGCAGAAUCAGUGUAAUUUGCCUAUAGUUGGUGUGUGGGAAUUUGAACGUGAUGAUGAUGAGUAUGUUAAUUUCUUAGAGCUCUUUUUGAGCUAUGUUCUUGAGAGAGAUCUGAUAAAGUACAAUGACAUUGGAAUUCCAUUUCUUACUAGCUUUUCUGGACUUCUUCGAGAGCAUGAAUUAAACUCUCUCUUUUUUGAUAUUCAUACAACACUAAAACGUCGACAAGCCAAAACUAGAAGCCGAAGUGUAUUUAGAGCAGGAUCUUGCUAUACUCUCACUCUGACAUCCUACAGUCCUGAAACAGUUUCUGUCCGUAAUGUAAACCAAAAUGUUUUGAAAAAUUCAAACAUCGUACAGUCCACUGUACAGACAGCAGAACCUUCUGUGCGUAACUCACUCAAAGAACUUAAAGAAGGAUUAUUUGGUUUAAAAUACAAGUCAAUUUACAGAGCUCAGAGUGACAAUCAAGGGAUAACUGUUGCAUCAGCAAAUCAGACUGUUCCUAAACAUACUUCCUGUACAUUACAAACUGUCACAACUUCUAAAUACAUGUACAAAACUACUCAUUUUCUUGAUACUGUACCAGGAGAAGAACUAGCAAUAGAACUGACAGAUAAAUUUAGCAAUAUUGGAAGAUUACUUGAGUGGAUGAUCAGAUGGUCUGAUAAGAGACUUCUGUGUGGUUCCAAGAAACAAGAUUCCAUAGAGGAAAGUCUUCCAAUGAUACAUGUGAAGAUAUCAGCAGCUGCUAUCCUUACUUCCUUAUGGCUGUUAGAACAGUUGUGCAGAGAUGGGUCACAAGCAAGGAGUGUGACAUUUAAGAAUCCAAGUAAUCAAUAUCUGAAAGAGUUUACAUCUCCGUCAGAAGCGCAGCCUAGGAGCAAGAGAGAAUGUAAAGUAGAUGAAGGCACUUCAGCAAAUCCUCCAGCUGAUGUCCAUAACGUACAACGCUAUGACAACCUUUGUGAAAACAGUUUUGGAGUGUCUACAAAAUCAAAGUAUUUUGAGAGGAAGGAAAUUAAACAUGGGGAUUAUUCUCUGCCUUAUGUGACUGAAGAUCUUAACAAAGUGGAGCCAUUUCUUCGGGAAGAGUCAGAUAUAACAUCACAAAGUGAAGAGUUCUUCGAGGAACCAUUUGAAACUCCAAAGAGCUCCAAUAGCUCUGUCAGGAUCAAACCUGGAAAGCACAUCUCCAAUUCAGCUGUAGAUAGUCCACAAAAAGACCAAAAGAUGAAGAAACCAAAGGAAAGAAAAGCUAAACAGAAUGUCAUGACUGAGGUUGCUACUAGCACCAUUUCUCAAUCAUUCUCUUUAGAACAAAAUUCUGAGGUUCCCAGUAACAGAGAGAUUUCUGUAAGUCACGGUCAGACUUCCCUUGCUGCUGGGUCAAGUAUAUCGAGUGUUAUCUCCAGUACUUCAAUUUGUGCAAAAAAGGAAGACAUCAAGAGCGAAGGCCCAACAGAAGAGAAACUGAACACCUCAGAAACUGUCAGGCAGAUGCUCCAAGAUGAAAUGUUUAAGUUAGUUCAGCUACAGCAAAUCAACUUCAUGAGUUUAAUGCAAAUAGUACAGUCAUCAUUUGCCAACCUGCCAAAUGUGCAACAAAUUUUGCAACAAUAUCAAUCUGCUCACCUAGAAGGAAUCCAGCCUGUGCACAGAGCUGAAGUCAACGGCUCUGGAAGACCUUCAUGUUCUGCAAAUGCUUCUCUAAAAAAGCAACUGCCCACUGAAGAAAAAAGAGGAAAACAUGAUCAAAAGAGCUCAGAUUUUCAACCAGCGAAUAGUUUCAGAGAUGAAAGCAACUGUGUCCAUGUAAAGAAUCAGCAGAAUGUAAGUGUUUCUUUAAGCCUACUAGAAAGUGACAGCAGAGAGACAGGACUUAUGCCACCAUCACAAGAUUUGCAUUCUUCAGCACCUGUUAAACCAUUUCAUCUCCUAGCUCCUUCCUCAGAUGUUCAGAAAGCACCCAAGUUUAUCCCCAUUGAAAAAAACACAAAUUACUCAAAUGGAUUUCCUCUGCUUAAACUUGAAUCAGGUUAUCAUUCCAAAUCAGCAUUUUUACAUCCAAUAGAAAUGUCAUCAGCUUUUGCUGGACCACCCCCAAUAGUACGAGUAGCUUGGAAUUCAUCAGAUUCUUUAUGGAACCAUCAGUCAUCAUGCAAAGAAAGGAGGAGUAAGUCUACAGCACAUUUGAACAUGAGUAGAAAUAACCCUGAGAUGUCAAGACAAAUGCAAGAGGAAGAGAAAAGAUGGGCAGAAACUGUGCGUAAGCCACCUUCCAAACACCUAUGUUCAAGUCAGAAUGAGGAACAAGAAGUUUCACCUGAGCAGCAGUUCUCUGGUAAUGUGAAAAUGGACAAUACACUGAUCACCCAAAACCUGGCUGGUAUUCCUCUACUGCACUUACAUCUUGAUCCGGUACCUCGACUUCCACCAGUUAUAAGACAGCCGAUCACCACUGCUUUAAUACCUGUUAAACCUGUAAAACAAGAGACUGACUGCAGAGAAACACUAGAGCACACAGGAAUAUCACUGCUCCAUGCCAAUUUACCUCAACAAAAGAAGGUGCCAAAACUUAUUCCACCUCAAGAUCUCAUUGCAUUUGAGCAACGUGACCACUGUCAUACUGUGACCAAUACUUCCUCUGGGCAGGACCAAACUAAACCUAUGCAGUUACUAAAAACUGAUUUAAAACCAUUUGAACCAAGAGAUGUGAAGAACAGUACAAAAAGACAGAAGAGGCGUGAUAAGAAACAAAUGGAAGAGGAAGUGGAAAAGGAGAAACGAAGCGUGUCCUUCUGCCCAGAUGAUUCCAUCAUUAAUACUGGUGAUACAGUGAUGGUUGUUGAAUCAGAAAUGGAUGAAGAAGCAAAAUGUACCUCUUCCCUGCAAGAUGAUGUUGUCAUUUCCAUGGACAAAGCGGUGGAAGCAGUUACUACUCCAGAUCUACAUUACAUGGCUUCUACAAGGAAAAAAAUAGCAGAAACUCAAGAUGCAAGUACAAACACUUACCCAGUGCUCAAAUCAUAUAAGGAUAUUGGAAUCAGUACUGAAACUGAGAUUUCUGACGCUGGAAAAAAUGAGUCAGUUAUGUCUGUUCCUGUAUUGGAAUCGCCUAGUGUCCCUAAAUUAUCAUCACCCGACAUGUAUUUAAACCUGAGAUUACCCAGUGAAGUGAAGGAGAGACUUCUACCAUCAAAUAUGUCUGAUGCACGUGAUUUGAGUGAACGUAAAUACAUUAGUGUGAUUGACAUUGAAGACAGUGAUAUCCUUAAGGAUUUACCGAUGAUACCUGAGUCAGCAGGUGGGUUAGUUACCACAGAGCAAAAUGAGAAGUUUGAAAUUCCACCUACUGCAGAAGUUCAUGACAUGGCGGCUUCUGUUACUGAUGCAAUUCCAUCUGAGCUGCUUCAGAAGAAAGACAGUCAUCUCAAAGAUAUAUCAAGCCAAAUGCAAAAGGAGCAUAAGGAGACAGAUUCCGCUAGAGAAUGUGUAACUUGGGAUACAGUACUUGAGGAUGCAAGAACUUUCCCUUCUACAAGGCUGCUGUCUAAAGCAAUUGGCAAAGAAUACUUUUCAACAAAGCAUCAGGAAAUAGAUAUGCAAUUACACACACUGCAGAAUAUAACAAAAAAUAUGGAGGAGGAUUUCAAAAAUACCAAACAUCUUGUGAAAAUAAUAGAAGAUUUGGAAAUGGCUGCCAGUUCAGACCCUCAUGCUCAUCCGUCAUUCUCUGAAGAUUCUAGAAUCAUUGAUGAUGAAUAUUAUUUGAAGGAUGUAAUUAUUGAAGAUGUUAUGGAUGAUGAAAAGGAGAGCUUAAAACUUGGACGUCCCAUACCCAGUUAUACUACUUUGGAAGUGAACUCUUCUGCAUUUACAACCUCUGCUUCUAACUUUCCCAGUGGCAUAAAAUCAUCUUUGGGCUUUCAUUUAAAUGGCAAACUAAAUAAGAGACACUCUCAAAAAACAGAAAAGGAGAGGAAAGAGAUACAAGCGUGGAUGAAAAGAAAACAAAAGGAAAGAAUGAGAGAAUAUAUGAAGAAACUGGAUGAACAGAGACAGAAAGAACACAGUCCAUUCAAUUUCAGAAGGAAUAUGCAUUGUAGUCUCACUUCAAAGGAUAUUAAAUUACUCAAGAAGAAGAAAGAAGAAAAGGACAAAGUCCUGUUAUCUGAGUAUCACAGUAUGAGAAUAUCACAAGCACUUUCUCUGAUGAAUGAAAUGUUAUCUGAAACGCUGCUGUUACCUCCAAGUGAGCACAGACCGUUGUCCAGGACAAGGUCACCUCAAGAGUGCAGAAAACAGCACAUUAUGUCCACUAAAGGAGGGCAUCCAAGCAGUUGUGUUCCGUCAGAAAGGAGCAGAACUGCUGGCAGACUCUGCUUUGGCCAGAAAGGACAUGAUUUCACUCCAUCUCUUGGUUCAACACAGUCCAAGGGAAAUGAUUCUGUGCUCUCUCAGAAAAGUACUGUCAGAAGAAGAAUGAGAAAUACUGCAAACUAUCUUGUUAAUUCCACAUGCUCUGCUGAGCCCAGAGUGAGCAGAAUAUCACGACAAAGGCUUCCAGCUGUUGCUACAGCAGUUCAGACAGAAGGUUUUGAUCAUGAGUCUGAUCGAGAUGUAGAAAGUCCUUGGACUGUGCCUGAAGAUAUCCAGAGAGUACUUCAAGAUACUCAUGACACCUUGUUUCAGGGCUCUGCACCUCAUACCGUUAGGUUCUCUCCCAUUGCCAAUGAUGACACUGAUGGUAUUUCUGAAAGCACAGGAAGUAUCCUCAGCACACUGGACUGGAAUGCAAUCGAGGCUAUGGUAGCUGAUGUGGAAGACACAUGAACAAAAUUUCUCAGUGAUUGUGCACUCUGAAAACCAUUACUGGUGUUCAGUUUCAUUUCUUCGAAUAAUCACUGUUCUGCUUAAAAUGCAUUGAGGCGUUUAUUGGUUAUCUUCUUAAGCAGCACAAAAACUCUCACUGAUUAAGUCUUGCCUAGAUUAAAUUUAAUUCCUCAACUGGAGGUUUGCUUUCCGCAUGUCCUAAGUCAUUAAGAACUAAAUGAUGUUAAUAAAUGGAGACCAGCAAUCUUAAUCGAGAAUUUCUGAGUCAGCUACUGUGUCCUUUCAAACACCUGAAAAGUUCUGUUCUAUUUUAAGAGCAGUGCAUAACUGUUCUACCUUUGUAUUUAACAUUUAACAUAAUUAUUGACAAAUGUUAAUUUUGUAACUUAACAAUUGUGAUAAGCUGAUUUAAUAAAAAUGAGUUUAUUAGUU